AUGGAAGCUCCCAUUAAUGAAAUAGAUAAUAAUGGAUUAGCUGCCCUAAAGUGGCUCAAAAUGAAGACAGACUAUGAAUACCAUCUCUCUUAUAAAGAAGUAGAAUUGCCCUUACAAAAUAAUAAUCAAGACUGA